AUGGCAGUUGAGACCAGAGUGAGUGUAGUCAUGCACAAUAUAAUGUCAAAUGAUCUGAAGGCCGAGCUGUUCAAAGACGUGACACCCGGCGGCUCUUGGUUUCCCAAGACCUGUGACGCCCUGUCCCACGUGGCUGUCAUCAUUCCGUUCAGAGAUAGACAGACCCAUCUGGAAAUACUCCUUCAGAACCUGCACCCGUUUCUCCAGCACCAGAAAAUCCACUACACUAUCUUUGUCAUAGAACAGGUACCCCCGGUCACCUUCAACCGAGCUCUCCUCAUGAACGUGGGUUUUGUGGAAUCCCAGCACACCUACAACUUCUCUUGUUACAUAUUCCAUGACGUGGACUUGAUUCCCGAGAACAACCAGCUCCUGUACACCUGUCCCCAAGCAAAUCCAGCCCCUGUCCCCCUGUCCCGCCCUUCCCAGACACCUAACAAAGUAGUAAAAAUCCAUUUUGGGGCUCAAAGUGGUAGGGCCAAUGAAACUCCAUAUCGUGGGUAUAUCGGAGGUGUGGUGGCAGUAUCAAGAGAAACUUUCACGUCUGUCAACGGCUUCUCUAAUGUAUAUUUUGGUUGGGGCGGAGAAGACGAUGAUUUUAGAAAAAGGCUGACUGACAAAGGAAUUAAAAUCCAGUAUCUACCACCAGAAAUUGGACGUUACAAAGCAAUAGCCCAUGGAAAAGAUAAAACAAACCCAAAAAAUAUCAUGAGGGAAUUCUUUUUGUACCACACAAAGUGGCUACAACCGGUUGACGGGCUGACGUCGUUGAGAUACAGCAAGGUAUCUUUGGAGAAAAGGCCGACGUAUACUUUGAUCAGAGUCAACGUCAGCGAGGAGGACGUGAUAGAGGGUUAUGGAGAAAGGAGAAAAGAAGGGGGAGGGGCAGAAGUGAUGAAGUUAAAUGCUGAGUCGUAG